CAACUAAAACAGUAAAUGUUAAAUGUCAAAUUAAAGAAAAAAAAACCUACAAAAUUGUAAGGCGGUAUAAAUAAACAUUAAAAAUAAAAAAUCGCUACAUGUAAUUUAGUGAAGACAUUACUUUUUUAAUCAUAAGUGGCAUAAUUAAUUAUACACAUUAUGAAGCUUAUUACUCACAACAUGCUCACAUCAAAAUGCUUAAAAGGAGUUCUUACAGGUUAUCCACUUGCCAUUAAAGCUACGAAUAUUAAAGUGAAUGAAGUUGAUUUUAAUCCCGACUUCAUUUCUAGAAUUAUCCCUAAAUUAGAUUGGGAAGUAUUGUGGAAAGCAGCAGACAGUAUAGGUCAUAGUGAAGGCUUACCACAAACUAUUGAACGAAACUAUGAUGAAGACAAGGAAUUCUUGAAAAAAGCACACCGAGUUCUAUUAGAGGUAGAAGUGGAAGAGGGUUAUUUGACUUGUCCUGAAUCGGGUCGACAAUUUCCUAUAACCAAAGGCAUCCCUAAUAUGUUAUUAACAGAAGCAGAAGUGCAAUAAAUGAAGUAUAUAAAUAAAUGUUACAUUAAUAUUACCUGAAUCAAAAAACAGCGUUACAAAUUUGCAACACUAAAAUUAGUUACAUUUUCAAGUAUGGCAUUUAAACUCAUAAUUAAUGGAUUAAAUAGUCAAAACAAUAUUACAUAAUUACUUGU